AUGCAAUUCAAAAACGUCGCCCUAGCUGCCUCCGUUGCUGCUCUAUCCGCCACUGCUUCUGCUGAAGGUUACACUCCAGGUGAACCAUGGUCCACCUUAACCCCAACCGGCUCCAUCUCUUGUGGUGCUGCCGAAUACACUACCACCUUUGGUAUUGCUGUUCAAGCUAUUACCUCUUCAAAAGCUAAGAGAGACGUUAUCUCUCAAAUUGGUGACGGUCAAGUCCAAGCCACUUCUGCUGCUACUGCUCAAGCCACCGAUAGUCAAGCCCAAGCUACUACUACCGCUACCCCAACCAGCUCCGAAAAGAUCUCUUCCUCUGCAUCUAAAACAUCUACUAAUGCCACAUCAUCUUCUUGUGCCACUCCAUCUUUGAAAGAUAGCUCAUGUAAGAAUUCUGGUACCUUAGAAUUGACCUUGAAGGACGGUGUUUUGACUGAUGCCAAGGGUAGAAUUGGUUCUAUUGUUGCUAACAGACAAUUCCAAUUUGACGGUCCACCACCACAAGCCGGCGCCAUCUACGCUGCCGGUUGGUCCAUUACUGAAGAUGGUUACUUGGCUUUGGGUGACAGUGACGUUUUCUACCAAUGUCUAUCCGGCAAUUUCUACAACUUGUAUGAUCAAAACGUCGCCGAACAAUGUAGUGCCAUUCAUUUGGAAGCUGUUUCUUUGGUCGACUGUUAA